GUUUCCAUGUCACGUGACCUCGUACGGACUGUAGCCUACUCUACUUUAAAAAGAUAAAAUCCAAAUAAUUUCUUAAAUAUUUACAAUGCACAUCAUGAUUGUCAACAAUUUCACCUUUGCAGUUGUGGUUGUAGCAAUACGUUUAUUAUUUCAGUAAACGCUUACGUCGCUGUAGCCAUUUUGCGACUAUCGAAAAUGAAAAUUCAGGAAUUAGGUCACACUGUUAUUACUGUUGUUGUACUUCCUGUGUCGACACUCGUUGUUGUAUUACAUGUGUAGCAGAAAGGUUGUGGCGUUGUGUUGUCUACAACUACGAAAACAUCUGUUUACUACCUGUGUCCAAAGAAUUUGGUCGACUGUGAAAGAUGGCUACAGAUAUGAUAUUCGAUGACUGCAUCGGCGAUAAACUUGAUUUCAACAGCGACAUUUUCAUGACUGGCGGAUUGAUGAACCCCAAAGAGCUGUACCUGACAGAGCUGAGCUGCGCCACCAAGGAUGCCUCCUCCUCCUCCGACUCGGGCGUGUCCACUCUGGACGACCUCACGGACUCGCUGCAGGACAUCGCUGACGUCACCGACCUCAACAGUCUUAUGGACGCCGAGCUGAAGGACCUGGAGUUUGCCCUGGACUUCCCCCUGGCGAAAGUAGAACAGGAUGACGUGUUUGACCCAGGAGUGCUGAUCAAACAAGAGCCUUUGUCCCCUUCCCCGAUUCUGGGCUCUGAGUCCUGUUCCGAUGGCUUCUGUAUCAAGCAGCCAGUCUCCCCAGACUUGUAUGGCUUCAGCAGUGAGGUGAACGUCAAAGAGGAGUCGGACUGCCUGCUCCUGCCCGCCCCGCACCACCACCACCUCCAACAACACCAACACCAGCCCUCUGUGGUCGCCGGCUUCCCCUCAUCCCCACAGCAGCAGCAGCAGCUGCAGCAGAACUACUUUAUCGAGCCGUCAUGUCUGCCCCUGACGGGCACCAUCUCGUCCCCGUCGCAUUAUUCGUCGUCGGCGUCGCCGUCGGCGUUGUCGUCCCCGUCCUCCGGCUCCUCCUCCCCGACCUCGUCCACGUCCUCCUCCUUCUUUCACUCGCCUCCCCUCGGCCAGCAGAAUGGGUUUCUCAGCGGUGGCUCGGCGGGUGUCCAGUUCCCUUUGCAGCAGAAAUCGUAUGUGCUGCCCAGCUCCACGGUUGCGUGCUCCUCUUCCACUCCGCCGCUGGCAGCACCCUCGGGCCAGCAGCGGAAUUACAUCGUUGUGCCCAAUGUCGCCUCGGUGGAGAAUGGGGUGGGCGGGGCAGGAGGCAUGCUCCAGCAAGUAGGGGGCGUGGCCAAGCCGAUGGCAGCUGUCAAUAUCAACGCUAUUCUCAGCAGUAAGAUCAAGAUCCAACCCAAGCCAGGGUCAGAGGUCGCACCUACUCAAGGUGGCAGUCAGUGGCUGACCACUUCGGCCACCGUCGUCCCUUUCUCCGGCCAGCCCAUCACGGCGGGCACUGUGAUCAGCGCACCGUCCUCCAUUGUCUCAGCCAAUGGCAUCACCUCCAUCACAGAUGAAAAGUCAUUCAAACGAGCUCAAAGGAUUAUCAAGAACAGAGAAUCUGCAAGUCUGUCCCGUAAAAGGAAGAAGGAGUACCUGAGCACCCUCGAGGAACGUCUCCAGCAGUGCCAGGAUGAGAACCAGCGGCUGGUCCGUGAGAACCAGGGGCUCAAACGACUGGUGGGCUCCCUACAGCAGGAGAACUCACAGCUGAGGACUUCCAGCGGAGGCCACAGCACGGCCAAGAAAAUGGGACUGAUGUGCCUUGCCCUGUUUUUCACCUUCAGUCUCUCCCCAUACAGUCUCAUUCCCUCCUCUGACCUGGCCGUCUCGUCACCUCAUGCAAUCCCCGCCUCACAUCACCUCGGUCGUCAGCUGCUGUCAGUGCCAGACGACAGUCCCAUGCCAUCGUCGUCGUCAUCGUCUUCUUCGUCGUCAUCUUCAUCGUCAGUGCCGGGGGGCCAGCAAGGUGAUCCCAAGGACGCCUGGUCUCGCCUGACAGAGAAGUCUUUGCUGCUGCGGUUCGGGGAGGAGCUGGGUCUUCUGGCAGAGAAGAUGAAUGUGACGGAGAGGCUGGGCAAUAUGUGCCCUAUGUACUUCAAUUCUACUGAGUCUAUCAGACUUGCGGAACAGCUGAGGGGCUGGAUGAUCAGCCAGGAAGAGGAAAUGAAGAACAAAGAGAAGAAACGGCAGAGGAAGAAACAGAAGGACUACCUACCCCUGCGUCGCUUCGGCGGCUCCGUGUCAGGGGGAGGCUACGCUCAUGGUGUGAACGGAGUGCCGGCGGUGGCCGAGGGCAGCUACCCUGUCCAGGUGUUCAGCGGUGGCUACGACGCCAGGCAGCAGUUUCUCAACGCCAUCCCGAGACGGAACGAUACCUUCUACGUGCUGUCUUUCAGCACGGAUUACUUCCUGGUGCCGGCUACCGCCCACAACAAGACCAUGAGGCCCCGCAUGUCCCUGCUCAUGCCCGUCUUCACUCAGAGCAUGAACGAGAGUCAUGGCUCUUCAGAGGACAGCAUCGGCAUGAUGCAGAUUGACUGCGAGAUCAUCAACACCAACCGCAUCCAUGUCCAGCGGUCGGCCUUCCCGAAUGACGCCGUGUUCAACUCCACCUACCACCACUGGCGCAACGACGGCCCCACCACCCCCUCCUCUUCCUCGGAAGGUGGACCCGCCGGCUUCAACAGCAGCAGCAGCAGCAGCAGUGGUGGUGGCGGGAGCGGUGCUGGGAGUAACACCCAUGGCCAUGGUAGAAAUUCGUUCCAGAAGAAUAACCCCGGACGGUUAGGGAAGAAGGACCAGGACAAGAAGCCUAGGGCAGACAACAGCACGGGCAGCUUCCUCAAAAAUAAAAGUCAAGAAAAGUACUGGGAAAAGAUUGGUAAAAAUGCGAGAUAGAUUUUCUUGUCGUUGAUAUGUAUCCUAAAUGCUAAAAAUAAUAUUUAUGAUUAUGAUAAUACUGGAAAUAUUGAUCAUAAUAGUAUGUCUGUUACCUUCCUCCUCCUAUGCACAGCGGUGCAUGCCUGGGGAGAGUGGAGGGAAGUGACUGGUAAUGCCAUCAUGCUCAGCUUUGCUUUAGCUGUGAUGUACCAUUUUGAAGUGGUCUGCUUUGAGACUUUGGUUUUUAAAGGAGAUGAUGCCAAGCCUGAGAUGGACUUUUGGUUCAGAGUAACAUCUCUGGUUGGGAAAAUAAAGGCAAAGUCUGGGUGAUGAAUGUGGGAAAAUGUCGCUGGAUCAAAGGCAUUUGUAGGCUUCUGAAAUGUCUGAAAUAGAAAUGUCAGACUUUCCCUUCAGGCCUUCUGUUAUUUGAACGUAAAUCCUAUGGUUUUAUUGGGAAGAAUUCUGAGGAAGAAUUUAUGGAAAAAGGUAAGCUUGUGGUCUACCUUUUGACAUAAGAAAUAACAACUGUUAGGUCAGCGGGAAGUCGUCAUAGCUCAUCAGAGAUGCUCAGACUCAGAAAGUUAUUGGGUUUCUGGUAGUAGUUCUGAAUAGUUACUUUCUUUUGAUUUUUGUUGGUUCCAGUGAGGAAAUUUGGUUCACAAUGGCUUACAUUCUCACA